GCGCCGGCUACUGGCACACGCGAGCCAGGGCCAACACCACCACCACUCCACCAGCGGCAAGCAGCUAGCGAGAGGUCGACGCGACCGCCAUGGCCACCGUCAGCGCCGCCGCGGCGACCACCGUCGUCGCCCGCGCCGUCCUCGCCAGGCCGAACGCCCUAGGGCUGCCGCAGAUGAGGGCGAGGAGGAGCGAGAGGGUGAGGUGCAGCUACUCCAAGGACGGCAAGGAGGCCUCGUCGCCGGCGGCCGUCAAGGGAGCCGGCGCGUCGCUGCUCGCCAUGGCGGCCACGGCGGCGCCCGCGAUGGCGCUCGUCGACGAGAGGAUGUCGACGGAGGGCACCGGGCUCAGCCUCGGGCUGAGCAACAACCUGCUGGGGUGGAUCCUGCUCGGGGUGUUCGGCCUCAUCUGGUCGCUCUACACCAUCUACACCUCCGACCUCGAGGAGGACGAGGAGUCCGGCGGCCUCUCGCUCUAGAGAUCCUAGGACCUCGUCGUCGUCGCUGUGAUCGAACUGCAUGUAGACAUGUGUAAUUCGGGGAGGAAGUACAUGGCUGUGCUGUAUCUAAACUGUUUCGAUUAUGAAAAGAUGUUUUAGCAUAA